CGCUGACUAGCCAGCAACAUGGUGGCAUCCGUGCUGGAGACGUCUCAUGUAUUUUGCUGCCCAAACCGGGUGCGGGGAGCCCUGAGCUGGAGCUCCGGGCGGGGAGGACUUCUGGCCUUCGGCACGUCCUGUUCCGUGGUGCUCUAUGACCCUUGGAAAAGAGUUGUUGUUACCAACCUGAAUGGCCACACUGCUCGGGUCAAUUGCAUACAGUGGAUUUGUAAACAGGAUGGCUCUCCUUCUACUGAAUUAGUUUCUGGAGGAUCUGAUAGUCAAGUGGUUCACUGGGAAAUAGAAAAUGAUCAGCUUUUAAAAUCUGUCCAUCUCUAUGGCCAUGAGGGACCUGUCUAUGCAGUGCACGCUGUUUACCAGAGGAGGGCAUCAGAUGAUGCAUUCCGUACACUGAUCGUUUCUGCAGCUUCAGAUUCCACUGUCCGAGUCUGGUCUAAAGAGGGUUCACAAGUAACAUGUCUUCAGACCUUGAACUUCGGAGAUGGAUUCACUCUGACUGUCUGCUUAUCUUUUUUGCCUAAUACUGAUGUGCCAAUAUUAGCAUGUGGCGAUGAUGACUGCAAAAUCCACUUAUUUGUUCAACAAAAUGACCAGUUCCAGAAAGUGCUUUCUCUCUGUGGACAUGAGGAUUGGUUAAGAGGCGUGGAAUGGGCAACCUUUGGUAAAGAUCUUUUCUUAGCAAGCUGUUCACAAGAUUGCCUGAUACGAGUAUGGAGGCUGUAUAUAAAAUCGACAUCAUUAGAAACUCAGGAUGAUGAUAAUAUAAGACUGAAGGAAAGUACUUUUACUGUAGAAAAUGAAAGUACUAAAACAGCAUUUGCAGUUACUCUGGAGACUGUUUUGGCUGGUCACGAAAACUGGGUAAACGCAGUUCAUUGGCAGCCAUCAUUUUACAAAGAUGGUGUUCUACAACAGCCAAUGAGAUUGUUGUCUGCCUCAAUGGAUAAAACCAUGAUUCUCUGGGCUCCAGAUGAAGAGUCAGGAGUUUGGCUAGAACAGGUUCGAGUAGGUGAAGUAGGUGGAAAUACUCUGGGAUUUUAUGACUGCCAGUUCAGUGAAGAUGGCUCUAUGAUAAUCGCUCAUGCUUUCCAUGGAGCAUUGCACCUUUGGAAACAGAAUACAGCUAACCCAAGAGAGUGGACUCCAGAGAUUGUCAUUUCUGGACACUUUGAUGGUGUUCAAGACCUUAUGUGGGAUCCAGAAGGAGAAUUUAUCAUCACAGUUGGCACUGACCAGACAACUCGACUUUUUGCUCCAUGGAAUAGAAAAGGCCAUUCACAGGUGACUUGGCAUGAAAUUGCUCGGCCUCAGAUACAUGGAUAUGACCUGAAAUGUUUGGCAAUGAUUAAUCGAUUUCAGUUUGUAUCUGGAGCAGAUGAAAAAGUUCUUCGAGUAUUUUCUGCGCCUCGGAAUUUUGUGGAAAAUUUUUGUGCCAUUACAGGCCAGUCUCUGAAUAAUGUGCUUCAUACUCAAGACGGUGAACUUCCAGAAGGAGCUACUGUCCCUGCUUUGGGAUUAUCAAAUAAAGCUGUCUUUCAGGGAGAUAUAGCUUCUCAGCCUUCUGAGGAAGAAGAGCUGUUAACUAGUACAGGUUUCGAGUAUCACCAGGUGGCCUUUCAACCCUCCAUACUUAUUGAACCUCCCACUGAGGAUCAACUUCUGCAGAAUACUUUGUGGCCUGAAGUUCAAAAGCUAUAUGGACAUGGUUACGAAUUAUUUUGUGUUGCUUGUAACAAUUCAAAGACUCUACUUGCCUCAGCUUGCAAGGCAACUAAGAAAGAGCAUGCAGCCAUCAUUCUUUGGAACACUACAUCUUGGAAACAGGUGCAGAACUUAGUUUUCCACACUCUGACUGUCACACAGAUGGCCUUCUCACCUAAUGACAAGUUCUUACUGGCUGUUUCCAGAGAUCGGACCUGGUCACUAUGGAAAAGGCAGGACACUAUCUCACCUGAGUUAGACCCAAUUUUCAGUCUCUUUGCCUUCACCAACAAAGUCACUGCUGUGCACAGCAGAAUUAUUUGGUCUUGUGAUUGGAGUCCUGACAGCAAGUUUUUCUUCACUGGAAGUCGGGACAGAAAGGUGGUUGUCUGGGGGGAAUGCGACUCCAGCGAUGACGCCAUCGAGCACAGCGUUGGUCCCUGCUCCUCCAUCCUGGACGUGGGUGGGUCUGUGACAGCCGUCAGUGUCUGCCCCAUGCUUAACCUUUCCCAACGAUACAUUGUUGCAGUAGGAUUAGAAUGUGGAAAGAUUUGUUUAUACACCUGGAAAAAGACUGAUCAAAUUCCAGAAGUAAAUGACUGGACUCACUCUAUAGAAACAAGUCAGAGCCAAAGCCAUACACUUGCUAUCAAAAAAUUAUGCUGGAAGAAUUGUAAUGGAAAAAGUGAACAGAAGGAAGCAGAAGGCACCGAGUGGUUACAUUUUGCAAGCUGCGGCGAAGAUCAUACUGUGAAGAUACACAAAGUAAACAGAGGUGCACUAUAAUGGACUUCAUAACUACAAAUGUGUAACAUUGGUGUCUUAAAAUAUUUGUCAUAGAUACCCUGUCUUCAUAAUUUCACUGAGUUUUCAUUUGUAAGUUCUAUAGGAGUAGUAUUAAUUUGGGUCAUAGACCCUUUGAAAUAAUGAUGAAAGCUUCAGGCUCUUCAUUCAGUAUAGUUAUAUAUGCAGACACCCAGAACCAUGCCCAUACUUUUAGGAAUUCAGACCUGCAUCCAUGUGUUCCAAAUAAGAACCUCCACUCUUUCUUUAUGACCAAACUUGCCUAAUUGUGUGCUUUUUGGGGCCUUCUCUUUUCAUAUGACCCUCUUUGGGACAUUUCAUUAUUUAUUACCUUCUUCAAAGGGAGGACAUAGAAAAUAGAAAGAGAUAAAAGCCAGAUUACUCAAUUUUUAUUUGAACAGUUUUUGUAAAAAAACAGACCACACACAAAGCGUAGCCCUGACCCCUUCUUCCCAGUACACACAAGCAAUUUUAGGAAUUUGGCAGGCUGUUGGGACUUUGAACUGCCAUCAGCCAUUUCUUUAUUUGUUAAAAAUACUUGCAUUCUUCUUUUAGGGUGUGACUUUAAUUUGAUAGACGUAGGAGCUGAGAAGUUGAGUUCUGAAUCAUUUGAUUUUAUGUGAAGUUAUAAAUAAGUCAUGAGAGAAAAGGAUGUCCUCCAGGGAGAAUGCGUAGUAGAAGCAGAGGGAAGAAGGAGCUAGAAACAGAAUGUUGGGUGUGCCAGCUGAGGUUUGGGAGGUGGGCACAAGAAUUGGGUAGAGAGGGGUUAAGAGGGGGUGUGAGAGGUACUACAAAGACUGGUGUGAGAGAGGAGGUUUGCCCCGACCCUCUUAGAACAUGGAGUCAUCUGGCAAAUUGGUAGUUAAAUGAAUGCUGUACGUAAUAAAUGUGCUGAAAGAUUGGAAAUGAGGGUUUUCUAGUGCAACUUCAUGCCAUUAUCUAACAUGACAUCUUGCUUCCAAAAAUGUUAAGUGGUGUUUUGUCUAAAUUGAGAUUUUUAGACAAGUGCUAUCUAGUAUUUCUUAGUCCAAUAGAAGAAUAAUGUGAGUUGCAUAUGUAAUUUAAAAUUUUUUAGUAGCCGUAUAAUAAAAGUAAAUAUAAUC